AUGGAAGCAGCUUCUCUUUGUUCCUCCUCUUAUUCCUUCCCUUCUCUCCAUCCCCGAAAAAUGUUUUCCCGUCCGUGGAACAAAAAAGGGUCUAGAAACGGUCCGAUUUACGUGGCCAGAAGAGACUCUCGAUGGUGGGAUCACGGCGGACAAUUGGUUGACGAGAACCUGAUCAUGCUGAGGAAACAGAUUCUUGACAUGAAGAUCGUCGAGAGAAACUACGAGCUUCCGUCGGAUUGGAUGGAGUGGGAGAAGCCGUAUAAUAGGUCUUACAAGGAGUGCGUUUGUCGAUUCGUGGGGCUCUUGAAAUCGUAUUUGAUGAAUACCAAGCCUAGCUCGGCUCUUGGGAUGUUAACAUUGCUCACAAUGUGCUUGCAGGCAUCCAUGGUCAUAGUUUUAGUGCACAUGGUUAUGGCUGCCAAUGGAGUCUUGUCCACUAUCAAUUUCCAUUGA